UCCAAUCCAGGAUCCUCUGCUGAUAUCUUCUAUAUAAGAGAAUUCUCCUGGAUGACCCAUCAACCAUGGAGAGAGACAGGAACAAGAUGGCCGACAGGAUCAUAAACCUCACCCUACAGAUACUCUUCCGACUUACUGGAGAGGAUUACACAGUAGUGAAGAAGUCCUCUAGUGGGCGCUGUCGGGCCCCUGUGUGUGAAGGAUGGGGAAGAACCCUGAGCCCAAUCCCGGGGCCCCCACCUCACUCCCUGAUACAUGAGGAAAUGGAUGAACAGAAGAUCCUAGAACUCAUCAACAAGAUGAUGGAGCUGCUGACUGGAGAGGUUCCUAUAAGGUGUCAGGACGUGGCGGUCUAUUUCUCCAUGGAGGAGUGGGAGUAUGUAGAAGGACACAAGGAUCAGUACAAGGAUCAGGUCAUGAUGGAGGAUCAGCAGCCCCUCACAUCACCAGUCAGAUCCAGUAAGAGAACAGCACCAGAGAGGUGUCCCCGUCCUCUUCUCCCACAGGAUGAUCAGGGUGAAGAUCCGAACAAUAUUAAUGCUCCAGAGACAGAUGUGAGCGGUGAUGAGCAGUAUAAGGAGGACAUUACUACAGGGAAAGAUCUGAUCUAUAGUAAUACUACAGACUUAAGGGAAGAAGAAGAAGAGACAGAUGUGAGCAGUGAUGAGCAGUAUAAGGAGAACAUUCCUACAGAGAAAGAUCUGAUCUAUAGUAAUACUACAGACUUAAGGGAAGAGACAGAUGCAAGUGGUGAUGAGCAGUAUAAGGAGGACAUUCCUUCAGGUAACCACCCAGAUUCUUGUACCAGGAGAUCAGAGGAGAAUCUUAUAUCUUCAGAUUAUAAAGCAGAUGAUGAUAUCACACAAGAUACAUAUGAAGAACAUUCCAUUAUCCCAGAUACACCCUCAGCCCUUCACAGCCAAGAUCUGUCAUCUCAUCCUUAUAUACAGGUCCUGUCUUCUCACUCAUCACAGGAUGUUAAGGAAAAAGAGGGUCAUAGAAGGGGUGUUGGACAUCAACGAGCUCAUACAGGAAAGAAACCAUAUUCAUGCUCAGAAUGUGGGAAAUGUUCUAUUAAGAAAUCAGUUGUUAUUAAACAUAAAAGAACUCACACAGGGGAGAAGCCAUUUUCAUGUUUACAGUGUGGAAAAUGUUUUACUGAAAAAUCAAAUCUUGUUAAACAUCAGAGAACUCACACAGGGGAGAAGCCUUUUUCAUGUUCACAAUGUGGAAAAUGUUUUACUGAAAAAUCAAGUCUUGUUCAACAUCAAAGAACUCACACAGGAGAGAAGCCAUUUUCAUGUUCACAAUGUGGGAAAUGUUUUACUGAAAAAUCAAAUCUUGUUAAACAUCAAAGAACUCACACAGGAGAGAAGCCAUUUUCAUGCUCAGAAUGUGGGAAACGUUUUACUUGCAAAUCAGAUGUUACUCGACAUGAAAGAACUCACACAGGGGAGAAACCAUUUUCAUGUUCAGAAUGUGGGAAAUGUUUUACUGAUAAAUCAAAUCUUGUUCAACAUAAAAGGACUCACACAGGGGAGAAGCCAUUUUCAUGCUCAAUAUGUGGGAAACGUUUUACUUGCAAAUCAGAUGUUACUCGACAUAAAAUAACUCACACAGGGGAGAAACCAUUUUCAUGUUCAGAAUGUGGGAAAUGUUUUACUGAUAAAUCAAGUCUUCUUAAACAUCAGAAAACUCACACAGGAGAGAAGCCAUGUUCAUGUUCAGAAUGUGGGAAAUGUUUUACUCGCAAUUCAAGUCUUACUAAGCAUAAAAGAACUCACACAGGGGAGACGCCAUAUUCAUGUUCAGAAUGUGGGAAAUGCUUUACUCAUUAUACAAGUCUUUAUAGGCAUAAAAGAACUCACACAGGAGAGAAGCCAAUUCAGAACAAUAAAUGAUGCAGAUAACAGAUCUAUAUAUUCACCAUGUACAUAGGAUAUCUGACAUUUAUACAUAUAUCAUAUGCUGCAUCUCCAAACUUGUUCCCAAUCGUUCUUUUUAGAAGACCCAACAGGCAUAAUCCAUGGGGAGCUGCUACUGGAGACCCAAACACCUCACAGAGAAGGGACUUAUUCCAGUGAUGAAGAAUUCCAGGACGGUCAGGGCUUCACCUGCUGAGACCCUUUUAGAAAGGUUGUGUUAUCCCCGAUCCUAGCUGAUCAUGUGGCGUCCGAUCACUGGACACCUCACUCUGUGCUCGGCUGUUUCUGCAGCUCCCAUAGUGAAUGUACCUCCUCCCUACCUGGGGACACUGGGGUCCCUGUUAUUGAGAUACAGGGGAUAGAUGACACAACCCCCUCACCACCCCGUGAUGUACUUUUAUGUCCUGGGCGGGAUUACUUUCCUGACUGUCUUGGCAGUGUAACCCUAUGUAUGCCGCAGUCAGUACUGAUUGUGGCAUCUAUAGGGUUAAACUGUCUUGCUCCCCCAGUCAUGGCCUCCAGGUCUACCAGGCGCUGUUGCCUAUGAGGCCCGAACUCGGUAACACUGACAGUUAUACUGCGCUGUAGUACAGAUGUAUGGUGGUGUAGUAUAACAGCGAUUAGACGAAAGCAGCUUCAGGUCCUAAAUAAAAACGUA